GGAGAAAAAGAAAAAACUUGUAGCCAAGACUCCCAUUUGCCGAGGAGAAUUUGGUUGCCUUAAGAGAAAGAGAGAGAGAAAUAGAGAUUCAGUUCAACCACCACCCACCCCAUUUCUUCCUUUGUUCUACAGAUGGCGUUAAAUGAAACAAUCAAUUCAUUUCAUCUGCUAUCUGCUCCUCUGUGACUAUUCCCUCUCUCUCCUCUCCAGUUUUUAAUACACCCCCACCUCCACACACUCCUUUCCCAUUCAAAAGACCUCAAACUCGCGUCACCCCCAUACGAUUUCUACCAUUUCUUUUUCCAAUGACACAAAUUAGGUAACCCGGCCCUGUUUUUUUCUUUUUUUGGGAUGGCAAUGGCGAUGGUCGGGCGGCUGAUAAACGAAACCCUCAGCUUCUUCCUCUUCUCUAUUCUGGACGUUAUUGAUAUUGUGUUGUGUUUUGCUUACAAAGUGGCGGAUUUCUGCUUUGAAUCGGAGUGGAAGCCCUGCUAUUGUUCUUCCCCUAAAGAGGAGGCCAUAAGCAGCCGUGGGAACAAGAUUUUGGUGUCCGACAAAGGCCUCUGUUCCUCUGCUAGGCUGCAGCUUGAGGAAGUUUCCGACACUCUUUACACUCGCCCUUCUCUGGUGGCCGAGCUGUCUAAAGUCACCGCCGCCGAGCUCCGCCGCCUCAAGGUCAAACCUUUUCUGCCUCCGCCGCCCAAGCCCGCCGUCGGAUCCACCUUCACUGUCAACUCCACCAUUGUGGAAAUGCUUCAAGACAAGAUCAAUGGCCGCCAAUACCCGAUCGCCAGGUGGUCCGAUUGCGAUUGCAAACUCUGUACUUGUUGGUGUUCUUCCAAAAAGUCGCUCUUCGUUCGAGCCCAAGGACCUAAAGAUGAGGCACGUGAAGACGUAGUGUUCAUUCAUGGGUUCAUUUCGUCGUCGGAGUUUUGGACGGAGACGGUGUUCCCAGAGUUGUCGGCGGCGGCGAAGGCCAGAUACCGGCUGCUGGCGGUGGAUCUGCUGGGGUUCGGGAGGAGCCCGAAGCCGUCGGAUUCGCUGUACACGUUGAAAGAACACGUGGAGAUGAUCGAGACGUCGGUUUUAGAGGCGUAUAAAGUAAAAUCCUUUCACAUCGUGGCUCACUCCCUCGGCUGCAUUUUGGCUCUCGCUCUCGCCGUCAAGUACCCCGCCUCCGUCAAGUCCCUUACGCUUCUCGCGCCGCCGUACUAUCCGGUACCGAAAGGGGAAGAGGGGAGUCAAUACGUGAUGAAGAAGGUCGCUCCGCGUCGGGUGUGGCCGCCGAUGGCGUGCGGGGCGUCGAUAGCGUGCUGGUAUGAGCAUAUAUCCAGGACGGUAUGCCUACUCAUUUGCAAGAACCAUCGCUUUUGGGAGUUUCUAACCAAACUUGUCACCAGAAACAGGAUAGAGGCGUUUUUGGUAGAGGGGUUCUUCUCCCACACUCACAACGCCGCGUGGCACACACUGCACAACGUCAUAUGCGGCACCGGCGGGAAGAUCGAGAGGUACUUGGACGCCAUCCGCGACGGCGUAAAGUGCCGCGUGAACAUAUUCCACGGCGGCGACGACGACGUGAUUCCGGUCGAGUGCAGCUACAACGUGAAGGCGCGUGUGCCGAGGGCGCGUGUGAAUGUGGUGGAAAAUAAAGACCACAUCACCAUUGUCCUCGGAAGACGGACGGCUUUCGCCAGAGAGCUCGAAGAAAUUUGGAGCAACUCAAAUGCUUAAUUAAAUAAUAUAUUAUUAUUGUUAUUAUUAUUACUAUUAUUAUUAUAUCUUAAUCGUAAUUAAAAAUUUUAAAAGGAAAAUGAAUUGAGGAUUAAUAAUAAUCUUCCUCUUUCUUCUUCAUGUGUGAAAAGUCUGUAUUUUGUUUGGGCCAAAGCCGUGUGGAAGUUUCCAAAUACCCCCAAUGUUAUUGGGAGUAUUUCAAAUGAAAUAUAAUGUUUAGCUAAUGGAAUAUGUCAAUUAUAUAAAA